AUGCAGCUGCAUCCCUCUGUGAAGAGUUACGUGGAAGAGAAGUUAGGUAAGGCAGUGCAAAAGCAUAGCCAUUUAGUGAGGGAAGUCGAUGUCAGGUUGUCCAUCCGUGGUGGAGAGGUAGGGAAAGGCCCAAAAGUGCGAAGGUGUGAGGUUACUUUGUUCACCAAGAAACAUGGAGUGGUUCGAGCAGAAGAAGAUGCUGAGUGGCUCUAUGGGAGCAUAGAUUUGGUUUCUUCCAUUAUCCAGAGAAGGUUGAGGAAGAUCAAGGAGAAAAACUCGGACCAUGGUCGACAUAUGAAGGGCUUCGACAGGCUCAAGGUUAGGUAUCCCGGUGCACUCUUGGUUGCUAAGGAUAUUGAAGCGGUACCCGAUGAAGCAGAUGAGGCCGAUGCAGUGGGAAUUCAGGGUGAAGCAGUUGAAGAGGAAGAAAUCGUCAUUAAUGAGAUUGUUCGCACAAAGUACUUCGAUAUGCCCCCUCUGACUGUUAGUGAGGCAGUCGAGCAGCUGAAAAACCUCGAUCAUGACUUCUAUGGAUUUCGCAACGAAGAAACUGGUGAGAUCAACAUAGUCUACAAACGGAGAGCCGGGGGAUACGGCCUCAUCAUCCCUAAACAAAACGGUGAAACAGAGAAAUUGGAGCCUGUGGUCGUUGAGUCGACAUCGAGCUGAUUCCUGCUCAAGAAGGUGUUUUGAGAUGAAAAUGAGUAAAAAAUGAAGUUUGUAGAGAGUCGAAAAUUAUGAGAUCUCUUGUAAAUGGUGUUCAGUUCCUUUGCAAACAUUCCCUUGUUGCUAGAUGUAUUAUGCA